AUUAAUUUUUCAUGAGAGAUUCGGAUUGUAUUUAAUCAUAUCAAUCACAUAUAAUAUUUUAAUUAUACGUAUAUAAAUAUAUCGAUUCAUAUAUAUACAUACAUGUCAAACUAUGUGAAAUACUAUCGUGGAUCGUGGAUAUGCUACAUGCUAUCAUUCAUUUCCACCUUAUCUCGCACAUGGAUUUAUAUAUAUGUAUGUACAUAUAUAUACAUCAUACAUAUAUGCAUAUAUAGAUUGUUAUUUUGCUUGCAACCUCCGGAAAUUUCUGCACUUGAAACGAGAGGGAUAUAUAUUUGACAUUUGAUCGUUUGAGAGCGCAAAGAAAGGAAGAUCCUGAGUGUAGAAAGUGCAAAUUAUGUUUAUGGUAACAAGAUGAGCAAUUUCAAUGAAACGUCAAACGAGCCUAUAUUGUACGAAUUAUUAGAAUAUUUUGUUCGCAAACAAGAACCAGAAUUAAUAAAGUGUAAGAAUGAUGCAGCUAUUCUCCCAGCUACUGGCACAAUAAAAAAUGCUCUCAGAUAUCUUAACAAUAGGUAUUCUUUACCUGAAAGCAUCUCGCUGCAAGUUAGUCUUACCUUACCAUGGAAAUUUGCUGUUGGAGAUCAUGGUCGUGUACUUGCUAUUUUACAGGAGAAUGUUAUUGAGAUACGAAAAGCGAAAGAUGAAUAUUCCUCUGUAGUAGGCAAGGCAUCUGCUCCAAAAGAUGCUUUCCCUCAAUGGCGUAAAAUUGCAUGGAGUCCCGAUGGAAUGAUCUUAGUAUUAGCAUCAAGUAGUGGUUAUACGUCUUUUUACAAUGCAUUGGGAAAUAACAUCUUCAAUAUAAGUCCAAAAACAAUUUCACAAAAUCCUCAGAUUCUUGAAGCUGGUGAUGCAAUAGCAUCUAUGCUAUUUCUUAAGCCAAGAAUAAAGAAUGAGAAAUGGACUUAUGAAUUUAUUUUAAUUUCAUAUAGUGGGCUUCUCAGAUCCUAUCACAUUUCGACAAAUGGUUUUAGUAUAAAUUAUGAUUUCUCUUUUGGGAAUUUUUACAAAAACGGUAUUAAUACGGUUGCCUAUGAUGAAAAGCACAACUUGUUUUAUGUCGCUGGAAAUAUGAUAACGCAAAAAUUAAUGUCUACUGCAUCUGAAUCUGGACUGACUUCGUGGCGACUCUUGGAUGAUUAUCCAUACUUUAAAUUAUCAUUUACAUUUGAAAAUUCUGCUACCAGCAGCUCACGCUUUUCUAUAUGGAAUAUAAUUCCCAUCUUUAGCUUUCAACCAGAAUCAUAUAUAUUUACAAUAAAAAUUUCACCAAAUGGCGAUUUUCUGGUAUGCUUGCAUACGGAUGGCUCAGUCUCACUGUGGGGUUUGCCAAAUUUAAUAUUACAAAAAAAGUGGAAAUUAUCUGAGCAGCCAGAAUAUAAUAUACCUAAUCCUUUGGGACUUACAAAGUCUAAAAAAUUUCCACCAGGAUUUACAGAAUUUCAUCCAAUAGAUAUUGGAUGGUGGUCUGAUCAGGCUAUCAUAAUAGCUCGAUAUUCGGGAUCAACUUCAGUCUGCUCCACUUGGAAUUUAAAAAAUUUAUUAUUAGGUAUUAGUCCGGAGUUUUUGGCAGGACAACCACAAGUAUGCGAACUUGGUUCAGAGAAAGGAUUUUUAUGUUUAGAUUGUGAAACUUUUAUUACAAGUAAAAAACGAAGUAGAGAAUCCAACGAUGGCCAUUUAUUAGAAGCAUCAUCAGAAAGCGAGAAGGACGAUGAUGAAUUGAAACCUGUUACUAUAUUAAAUUAUACUACGAAUUUGCUACAAAGUACAUUAUAUUCAAUAACUGAUAUUGAAAGAUUUCAACCGAAAAGAAGGAAGUUGAAAGUAUUGCAUCAAACUUAUCGAAUUUUGGGUGUAAAGAGUACGACCCCAGAAGAGCUUUAUUCUAGAAAGAUAGAUAUUGAGGAAUAUGAAGAAGCUUUAGCUUUAGCAAACAUAUACAAUUUGGACACAGAUCUUGUAUAUCAAACACAAUGGAGAAAAUCGGAAUUAUCCUUGAAUGCCAUUGCAGAACAUUUAAGUAAAAUAAGUAAAAGAUCUUGGGUUUUAAACGAAUGUGUGGUACGUGUCCCUGAUACUAUGGAAGCUGCAAGAGAACUAUUGAAUUUCGGAUUGAAAGCUGCAAAUUUAGAGACUUUAAUAGCUAUCGAUAUUUGCGACAAUGAUAAAAUUGUAACUCCCGAUAUAGAAGACGAUUGGCAAGCACUAGAGGAAAGCACUGUAAAUUUAAGACAGGUGCAGAAAGUAAAUGAGAUGCUUGAAAAAAUAGAUAUAAAAAAUUUAUCUGAGGCCCAGAAUGAUUUAAUUAGAUAUCGAAGGAAGCUUUUAAGUUAUUUAGAUAAAUUGCUCAUAUAUGAAAUUAUAUUGGAGUCAUCACUUAAAUAUAAGAAAGAAUUUUAUGAGGAAUUUCGAAGAUUAUCAGCUGUUGAAAAUGCAAUUAGAUUCGCCAAAGACUGCGAUUUCCGAAGUGUCGAAAUUAUGUUUACCUAUUAUGGAAAAAGUUUGCUGCCUCAUUGGCUGGCAAUUAUUAGCUUUUUCCCAGAAACUCUAAAUACAUUAGACUAUCAGAAACUUCUACCAGAAUGUGACUUAGAAGGUCAAUUAUUUUUGUUAGAUCAACGUGAACUACGACAAAAAGAUUGGUCAGAAAAAUAUGAGUUUAAUGAAAUAAUAAAUGAGAAUACAGAUGAUGGAUCAGAAAUGUUGUAUGAAUUAGAUCCAUCUUUACUAAUAUAUCGAAAUACACAACUUACACUAGACUUAUUACAAAAGUGGUAUAAAACACGUGCUUAUGAAAUUGAAAAAAAUAGUGCUUUAGUAGAUAAUGCUUUGCAAUUAAUUGAAAUUGCAAAAUCUCAUAAUAUUAAUGGUGUAGAAGAUUUAUUAUUAAAUUUGAAAACUUUAAGUGAUCUUGUGUAUAAUAUUUAUCUAGAGGAUAUGUCAUUAGACAAACUAGAGAAAUUAAAUAACAUUGAGAGAAUAAAACUCUUGAUGAGUACAUCGACUGAAAUUAAUUUUGUGGAAAACAUAAAGAAAUUUUUGUUGCCUUUCAUUAAACGAAGACAUCAAUAUUUAUAUGAUGAAGAUCUUGAAAAACAUUUACUGAGUGAUUAUCUAAUUUGUUUAAGCAAAGACGAUUUGAUGUUACCAGUUAAAUUUUUCGAAUAUUUAAAACAGACACAGGAUACUGAGAUAAUCGAAAUGAUAGAUGAUGUUACUACUUUAGCUUUAGAUUGUAUAUAUAGUUGUGACGAUCUUGAUAUGUAUGAAAAAGCUAAAAAUAUCUUAGAUUCGAUAUCGAAAGAUCAUAAUGGUAAAAGGACAAAUGCAAUGUACAAUUUAUUAGAAGAAUCUGAAGAAGAACUUGAUUGCAUUAGAUGUCUAAACAAAUAUGGUGUGAAAACAACGUUAAAAUUCAUACAAAAGAAUAAAAAUAAUCCCGACAUCGCUAGAUUAUUAUUAAAUCAAAUGGCAAGAAGCUUUAGUAAAAGUUUGCCACCUCCAGAUGAAAAUGAAUGGGCGCAAUUAUUAAGCGAUAUGUUGGAAAUACAUGGAUCAAUUUUUUCCUGUGUUGUUGCUGAAAUCUGUUUUGAAAUAUGUGUUUCUGCCCGUUUAGUUUCAAAAAUCAAGUCUACCAUUCAAAAUUGUGCCACCUUGAUAGAAACCGAGAAAGACGAGAAAUCUAUGCUAAAAGUAUCCUAUGAGAAAGCAAUUGAUCUUAUAUUGGAAGCAACCAAAGAAUAUUUUAACAGUUCAAGAACACUUAUUGAUCCAAAUAUGGAAUUGGCUAAAACUUGCCUUCGUCUUAUUGAAGAUGACAAUAUCAAAAUUAAAGAAGAAUAUGAUCUAAUUAAAUCGCUUCAAAUUUUGAAUGAAUUCAAUGUUGAUAUAUUACCUCUUCAAGUUAGAUUAACAGUAGAUAAGCUAACCUUAAUUGAACAUUGUUUAAAUAAUCAAAGAGACGCUUAUAAAAGUCGACAGAGAUUAUUGACAUUAGCAACUUAUUUACGAAUUGAAGGAUAUAACAAAAAACUUCGUGAAGGAAAGGUUUUAGAACUAAUAGCCAAGAAAGCAUUUGAGAUUGAAGAUUAUAAUACAUGUGCUAUAAUAUGUACACAAUUAGCACAAAAUAAUUAUCUUCCUAUUUGGAAAAUUUGUUUAAAUUUAGGAUGUUGCAAUAAUUAUCAGGAUUUAAAAGUUAAACAAAAGUGUUUAUGGUUUGCAAUAAAUAAUGGUUCUAGCGAUAUAUUAGGUAAUGCUUUAGAACACAUGCAUUUGAUCGAAAUACAAAUGCUACAUAAAAAUUUGGAACUGUGGAUGCCAUCUGCUGAAUUUGAAAGUUCCAAAGGUGAAGAAAGUGAAAGCGAAGAUGAUUUUACAGAUGCUAUGACAACGCCACAAGUAGAAAUGAAAGAGUUUGUCCCAAAGAUAUUGGAAACUUCAACAGAAAUUGUAAAAAGUUCCGCUAAUAUUGUAAAAGAAUCUACAUUUGGCUUAAUAAAAAAUAUAAGUGAUACCAAUUUUUGGAAAUCUAGACUGAACUUUAAUUUCACAAACAAUUUAGAAAAUAAUAUGCAAUAUGAAACCGAGAAUGAACAAAACACGGGAAAUGCAAAUCUCCAAACAUUUCCAUGCUUUUAUGAGUCUUUGCAUGAAAUGUGUAAGACAAGUAUUACUGAAACACAAUACAACAAAUAUUCUAUGGUAGACAUACAGAAUACAAAAUUGAAAUGUUGUCGGGCACUUUUGAGAAUAACCAUGUUGAGUGAAUCUUCUUGUUAUGGAUUAGAAGUAAGCGACAUUAAUCAUUUACUCCUAGAAUGUGCAAAGCAUACUAUAGCAGACGAUUGGUUAUUUGGUAUGACGUAUUUAUUGAGUUUAAAUAGAGAUCACAUUUUGGAUGCUCAAGAAGUCUUUGUAAGCUUGCCACAAACUGAAUUGUAUAUACAAACAGCUCUUUAUUAUUAUUCAUUAGAACUGUAUAAGAAAUUGUAUACUAAUUGUGAGAAAUUAUAUUUAUACAAACCAUUAGAUCUAAUAAGAAAUAUGAUAGUUGUGGCACAAAAUUCUGAAGAAUGCGAUAUUGUUAAAGCAUUACGAUAUUGGCAAAGUUUAAUCAAUGGAGAACAAGAUACUAACACGGAACAAACAAAAGUAAUAGAUAUAACUACAUUAGAACUGAAAGAAGAUAAUACUUGUAUAUAUUCUGAAGAGACUAUGGAAGAAACAACAAAACUCAAAAAUGAAGGACAAGAAUUUGCAAAACAGAUCGAUAUUAAUAAUCCGAAUUCUAACGAAAGUGAAGAUCUAAAAAAAGUUACUACCUCUGACAUAAUUGAUACUGAAGAAUGGACAGAUGAUUGGGGUGAUUUUUCUGACGAUAGCACAGAAGCAACUAUUGAUGAGCAGGAUAAAAUUAGAUCCGAAAGAAUUUCGCAAGAAGAAACUGUUAUUCUAAUUGAUCACGCCAUUACUAAAUGUGUAACAGAGGAAGAUCGAUUUAAAUUAUUUCAAAAACUGUUAAUUCAAAUUAACGAUUUAGAACAAUAUCAGGAAGUGAAAGAAAUCGUAUUGCAAUGGCCGAGAUUUAAUAUGCCAGAACAUAUCACAUUGGAUAAUCAUCCGAUUUUAAAAAUGAUGAAACUGAUAACUGCGUUGAUUACGAAAAUAGAUACCGUUAAUUUUGGAAACAGAAUAUUACAAGAAUAUGAAGAACUCAUUGGAUUACUAGCACCUAACGAGAUUCUCAAGCAGUUCUUGGAGAUCGAACGAGAUCACAUCAGUUUUGUACAAAGUCUUUAUAUAAGAUUAUGUUCCGAGGAUACGUCUAUGCACAAAGAAACUGUAGACCUUAUUAAACAACAACGGCAGAUUGUCAUAUUACCGCCAUUAAUACUGGAAAAACUUUUUCUAAAUGACUUAACUGUAUUAUUUAGCCCAGAUCACGUUGUGUAUAAUCAGAUAAUUGAACAUGUCUUUAUAAAUGAAUCUUUAACUGAUAUUGAGAAAAAUACAAAAAUACUUAUACAUGAAUUGAAGAAACGAAAAUAUGUACUGGAGGCUUUAAAUAUCAUAAGAUUGAUGGAGAAAAUACCGCCGGCUUUGUGUACGUUUGACUCUUGUUUUCAGUUGUUAAUGGAGAAAUGA